GUUAACGUAUAGGUCUCUUCAAUGAUUUAUUACUCUCCCUUGGGUCAUUCAGCCCAGACAUAUUAAAUGGGCCUCAGGACCAAUGUACGCCAACCAGAUAAUUCAUUUUGAGAAAUAAAUAAGUAAAAAAAGACGAAAGCAUCAACUAGAUUCGAUUCAAGGCACAGGAUCCCCUACGAUUGGUGCAUAGCGUGCGAUGCUGUGUCUGAGAACGCAGGUGUCAUCUCCUUUUUCUCUGACUCUCUCGGCUUGCAAACAGAUCCGUCAGGUAAAGGCGUUAUCCUCUAGAUCUUCGAUCAAGAUGACGUCAAGUCAAACCGUGGAGCACAUUGUGCUGUUCAAGGUGAAAGAGGAGACGGAGGAGUCAAAGGUGAGUGCGAUGAUGAACGGAUUGAGCUCCCUGGUGUCGUUGGAGCAAGUUGUCCACCUAAGCGUGGGUCCACUCCUACGCAACCGAUCCUCCUCCUUAACCUUCACUCACAUGCUCCACAGUCGCUACAAGUCCAAAGAGGAUCUCGAAGCCUAUUCCGCGCACCCUAGCCACGUCAGCGUCGUCAAGGGACACGUGCUCCCCAUCAUCGACGACAUCAUGGCCGUCGAUUGGAUCGCCCACGACCUUCGUGGUGAUCUCGUUCCGCCCCAGGGUUCGGCGAUUCGAGUGAGUUUCUUGAAAUUGAAAGAGAACGCGGUUAGGGAUGAGGUGCUAGGUGUUGUUAGAGGGAUUCCCCAGAGUUUCAAGCAAAUUAGUCAGCUGAGUUGCGGGGAUAAUUUCUCGCCGGCGAGGGCUAAAGGUUUCUCGAUUGCUUCCCUCGCGGUUUUUCCGGAACCCAGCGAGUUGGAAGCGGUGGAUUUGAACGAGGAGUUGGUGAACCAUCAGAAGGAUAAGGUUAGGGAUCACAUCGAGAGUGUGGUCGUAGUUGAUUAUGUGGUGCCGCCGCCUCCUCCUCAGUCUGCAAGCCUUUGACGAGGCAUAUUCUCUCUUUACCAAUACUUAUCCCAAUUCAUUUUUAAACGUGCUCCGCAAGGGCAAUCGUGAAAUCCACACAUAGCCUAAAACUCAUUCAUUCCUCCACUAAAGGAAGCCUAACAUGUCCACAGCAAGCAUGUUGGGCGUGUGGACACGACAGGCUCCAGACGUGGUAUUUAUCAAGCACUGGUAUUUCAAGGUUGCACUUGCAGAGCAUGUUUAAGGGAAAUUGGAAUAAGUACUGGUAGAAAGUGAAUAUGCCUGAUCAAUGAACAAUGAGAGAAGGAAUAAUCAUGCUUGGGUGAAUGAUGAAGAGAAUAAAAAACGUGUUGUUCUGUGGGGGGGGGGGGGAGGUAAGCGUAUGACUGGCAUUGGCUCUUAGAAGCUUGUCACACCCGCACUUGCUUUGGGUGCUUUGUUUGUUUCUCUCUAUCGCCUAUUAGUGGCUUGGUCCUCACAAUAUGCAUGUAUUCUCGGUGAGCCUUUACAAUAGCUUAGUAUCAUACUGAGGCCAGCUUGACCCUUGUCGACCUCGCUCUACUCUAGGUGAAGAUCUAGUAGUAAAUGCCCUCACGUUCCCCACUAUAAAAAUGUUAGAUAACAGGCUCAUGAUUUUUGUUGUUGUAUCCAUUUGCCUGGUGUUUUCGUUACCCAAAAGCUUGUCAUCGUAGUAUCUUAACCAGAUUACCUUAAUAAAUUUCUGGUAUCUGAUGAACUUGAUGCUUGCCAUAUUUCAAGUCCUUAUACCGAGGGACUGUACCUGAUAUAUAUAUUUGCU